GGGUAUAGAUCUGGCUGUAAUCAAUAUUGGUAGCUAUCAAUACUACAUACUGAAACUCUUAGACAACUGGUACGAAGCUGACAACUGGCAUGAGGAUCGCACUAUAACAAUAAUUGACAAGAGUAUAGGGAGUAAGAGAUGCAAUCCAUCAUUGUUCGGUAACCAUACAACAGAAAUCUUGCCUACCCCUCGAUUUCAAAAUAUCGAUGGCUACAGGAAUUUAACUGUAUGGGGACAAAGCCCUGAUACAAUUAAGGAUAAUCAUUUAGUGUCUCCAUUAACAUGUAAUGAGAGUUGGUACAUUAGUUACAAGGAUGAGUCGAACUUUGAGAAGUGUGUGUCAAUCAAGUGUUACAGUCGGAGUCACUAAUCUGGGCUCUGGAAUUCAAGAUGGGUUCCAAGUAAAAUCGGAACCCAACAAAAUCUGCACGAAUUGCAUGUCUGAGGGCUGGUUGUGUGUGUAUAAUGAAACCGAUUCGACGCAGAUUUAUUGCAAGUGGCCUAAAAACAAGCCUCCAGGCGAGACUAUUAUUCUAGGUGGGGUCAUUGGAACCGUUGCAUUGUUACUGAUGGGAGCAUUACUUCUGUUCCUUAAUCGGAGGAGGUGUUUACCCACUUCUCAGAAUCCCGAUCUUUCUAACGUCGAGAAAUUCCUGCAAGAUUAUGUUCAUCAAAUGCCCUGUAGAUAUUCAUACUCUCAGUUAAUGAAGAUCACCAAUAAGUUUGCAUACAAAGUGGGGGAAGGAGGUUUUGGUGUGGUAUAUAAAGGAAAGCUACCUACUGGCGGUCUGGUGGCCGUUAAAAUGCUUGAUCAAUCAAGGCGCUGCGAGAAUCAAUUCAUGAAUGAAGUACCAACCAUUGGAAGGAUCCAUCAUGUCCACUUGGUUCGCCUCAUGGAAUACUUCUAUGAAGAACACAGAAACGCAUUGGUGUAUGAGUACAUGGCUAAUGGAUCUCUGGAUGAGUUUAUAUUUGCAGGAAGAGAGAAAGAAGCAAUCCUAAAUUGGGCACAGCUGUAUUCAAUUGCUUUGGGUGCAGCUCGUGGAAUAGCCUACUUACACCAAGAUUGUGACAACCGUAUCAUUCAUUUCGACAUAAAACCCCACAACAUAUUACUGGAUUAAGAGUUCACACCAAACGUAGCUGAUUUUGGUCUGGCUAAACUCUGUGGGAAGAAAGAGGAUCAUAUAUCAAUGACAGCCGCAAGAGGAACGCCAGGAUAUGCUGCUCCAGAGGUGUGGAGUACAAAUUUGGGAGGUGUAACGGACAAAUCAGAUGUUUACAGUUUUGGAAUGGUAUUAUUGGAGAUUGUUGGAGGAAAGAAGAAUAUCGAUGUGCAGGUAAGCCGGUCUAGUCAAUUGUAUUUUCCAGAGUGGGCAUUCAAGUCGAUGGAGAAUGGGCAGUUGGAGAGGGGGUUGAGAGGAAGUGGUCAGGCAGAAAUAGAAUGUGAAGAGAAAGAGAAAGCAAUAAGACUGGUCAAAAUAGGACUAUGGUGCAUUCAGUACAACUCCAGAGAUCGACCGAGUAUGAGUAGAGUGGUUCAAAUGUUGGAAGGAAAUGGUGAUGAUGUGAGUAAUCCUCCCCUGCCUUUCAAUUCAUCAAUUAGGGCUGCACCUUCAAUACAUUCAAGUGAAGAGUCUUCAGUGUAAGUAACCAAAGGAAUCUCCUUCAAACCCAUUAUU